CAAAUCAAUAUAUAUAUACAGGCAGAGAGAGAAACCGAACUUCGAAACCAGGAAAAGGCGCAAAGAGAAACAAUGGGCGAAGAAAAGAGCAAGCUGGAAUCAAUCAGAGAAUGGGUCGUCGAGCACAAGCUUCGUACCGUCGGGGCGUUGUGGGCGAGUGGAAUUGUUGGAUCUAUGGCGUAUAAUUGGUCUCGCCCCAAUAUGAAAACCAGCAUCAAAAUCAUUCAUGCUAGGUUGAACGCUCAAGCACUUACUCUCGCCGCAUUGGCUGGCGCUGCCAUUGUCGAGUAUUACGACCACAAAUCCGGAGCAAAAGCAGAGCGCGUGGCGAAGUUUCUGGAGAUGAACGAAAACCGACACAGGGACUAAGUCAUCUUCGACAAAAUCGAUAAUAAAGCAUUUUUCUCGGUGUUUUUGAGGUAAAAUAGAAUCUCGAUACUUUUGUAUCGGAGCCAUGCUCCCGCCUCCUCCGUAGGUCGAAUGUAAGUUCUAUUUUUAUGACAGUAAAAGUUUCUUAAUUCUAGCGAUGACAAAAAUUUAUAUCCGACUCUUGUGCUCUAUUUGCCCGAUAUUUUUUAUUGUUUGAGGUUUGCAAAUAGUUUCCGGCGAAGAAGCAAUUAGGUUGAGGUAUUCGAUUCUCGUUUAAGAUAAAACUUGAUCGAAAACUCAGGGCAUUUUAUCGAUCGAUUUCUUUUAUCGUUUAAGUAUAAAAUAUUUAUUUUUUCUUUUA